GGCGCAGCGGCCCGAAUGGCGGGGACCGUGCCCGCUGGGUCGGCCCGGGGCGGGAGCGGCGGCGGGCGGCACCCGGAGCCCGGCGAGGCGGCGGCGGAGCCGGGCGGCGGCUGCAGCCCAGGGUGCCACCAGCGCCGCUGUAAAGCUGCUCCCGAGGCCGAGCUCCCAAAGGCUUUCCCAGCGCUCCUGAUAUCUCAGGAGCAAGGCGCUAUUUAUUCAAAGCAGAGAGAUGGCGGCUGUGAGCUGGAGGAGAGUGAAUUCUGCUCCACUCCUGGAGUUGCGAAGGAGCCUCAGCACCUCCAGGACGGACCAGCAGCCGGGGUUCCACUCUUGCCUGAGGCACAAGAAGCCACUCGGCACAAGCAGGGGGAUGCCCCUUGUGAGCGCGCAGUGCGUGAAGAUGUGGAGAGUGGAUUCUGCAGCAGGGAUGGGAGUGUGAGGGAGCCCCUGGCUGCCCAGGGCACAUCAGCAACCGGCAACAAACACAAAAGGGACCUCAGAAGAUUCCUGGGUGAACGGCUCAGGCGCCAUCCCGUGGGCACGGCGCUGCUGAUCCUGCUGCUGCUGCUGCUGCUGCUGGCUCUGCUGGUGGCCUUGGCUGUGCUGGCAGCACCGCAGGCUCCAGUGACAGCUGCCACUCCACAGUGUGUUCUGGGCUGUCCCUUUGACUGGAUUGGGCACAAGGGGGUCUGCUACUACUUCUCAAGGGAUUACGGCACCUGGGAGCAGGGUCAGGAACGCUGCUCCAAGCUGAACGCCUCCCUGGCCAUUGCCAAGGAUGAGGAGGCCAUGGAUUUGCUCUUCCGCCUCCGCGGGAACGGCGAUUACUGGCUCGGGCUGCGCAGACGGGGCCAGCGCCUGCACUGGGGGGACGGCAGCAGCUACAGCUCCCGGGUUCCUGUCCUCGGCAAUUCCGACUGCGUGUACCUGGCUGACGAUAAAUUCAGGAGCGAGUUCUGCUCAAAUCCGCGGCCGUAUGUCUGCAGCAAGGCCCAAGCUCCCCUGUGACGGGGGCUGCAGAAAGGACCUUCUCCACGCUGGGCAGUGCCAGCUUCCCCUCUCAGCGCAGCCCAGGGCUGUCCUUCCUCAGCUGCACCCUGUGCCUUGCACUGCCUCUCAGGGUCACCUCAGUGCCUGUCCAUGCCCAGAGCCAGCGCUGGGCUGGGGCUGCAAAGGAAACGUCUCUGCAAUCCAUCCUGCCACCCAUGCUGCCUGCAGGGAGUGCAGUGCCCUCAUGGCACAACCAGUGCAAAUGGGAAAUCCAAAUCGCCCUGGCCCCUUGGAAAUCAUCACAAACUGGCCUGAAUGUGACACUUUUGGACUGACCUUGAAGAGGAGGGUCGGUCGGAGCUGGUGCUUGGGGAAGGGAAUUCCCUGCCAUUGGCCAUAACCCGGCCCAGAGGCGCUUCUCCCGCCGUGGGGCGAGGCUGUGCCUGUGCGAGCAGCCCCGCACGGGGCCCUUCCUGUCCCCCGUGGUGCCUGAGGGCCCUGUCCCCCUGCUCGCUGCCCGGGACCCUGCGCUCGCCUCUCCCUGCCCUGCCCAGCCCCGGCUGCCGCUGCCCCGGCCCCGCUGCCUCUCGGGCGCUGCUCCAGCUGUGGCUGCUCUGCAGCUGGCAGGAAUGGAUUUGUAAACGGGGUUUUAAAUAUUGAUAGCAAGUUCACACAGUCUCCUAUAUCUGUAUGCAAAUAUUGAGAUCAGGUGUGUUGACUUAGGAAAGCUCCGCAACAGAGAUUCCAUUGUUGAGAGAGAGAUUGAAUUAGA